AGGGUCGCUUCUAUGCUUGCGAGGACCCUACUUGCUUGCUCCGCCAUCAGAUGAGGCAUGAUGCUCCGUUCGUAGGACAAGCUUGGUAUGCAAACGCCCCCCUCGCCCCAUUCCGAAUCGGGACUUGCCAAUGCUUCCAGAAGUUCUUUGCCUAAGGCUGAGGAGAGGGUACAGCUUAUCUAGUUUCCCCCCAACGACGAGACCGUCCCGACGAUCGUUGCCCUCUUCCAGAAGCUGUGUUGCCAGAGCCAAGACCCGACGGCCAACCAGAGGCAUUACGGAUAGCCAUAAUCCCUCCCGAGGCGACCUGGUGAUGCCCACUAGCGAGACAGCAAGGAAGCAGCAGAGCAGGGUAACAGGGCAGCAGCAACUAUCGUAUGGUGAAGCAAAAACCCAAAUCAAAAGUUCCGGCAACGUUGCAACGCUGCCAACUGUGUGCCGCCCUAGGGUGCGAAAAGCCGCCCACGAUAAGGAACCCCAGGAAGCCAAUGCAUGCGCCAAGGUUCCGAAGGUGUGGCCGAGUGGAAGAUGCGCGUCGGGAGGCGGCCGCGUGGACCAGGUCAUGUCUUCGCCGUGUCUUGGCCAUGUCGCCUGGGCAGGGGCCAGACGUUCAAGGGGGUCUCUUGAGCGGCAAUCUGCUGAUUCUGGGGUUUGUGGCGGAUGGCUGAUCGUAUCCUUCAGGGACAUUGUGUUGCCAGACCCGAAAUGCAGCUACUUAUCCGACAUUCAACUCUUGACGGCGGUAACCCGCCCAGCACCGAAGCACCACCGCAGCCUCUUGAUCCGCCACUCACCUCAUCCUUCCACUUGAAGAAGACGCCAUCCAGCACCUCCUCUCUUCAGCCACUGCCGCGGAGCCGGUGGAUGAACCGACGUUGGCAUAAACAACGACGCUUGCGUACGUGCUCUACGUAGGACGUUUCGACAGUGUGGGGAGAUAGCAUUCAGAGAUCCAUGCCAAGUCAGGCCCCGUGCACCGC